AGAGAGAGGGGCAGAGGCUACCAACAGACUGAUGCACCCAUCCUCUGGGCGUCCAACAGAGGCUGCAGAACUGAUAGCUGAUAACGAGCUGACGCACUUCGCACUUCUUCUAAGGCUUGUUUGCAGAAUACCCACUCCUGGACCUACUGCCGGGGUGUCAGGAAAAUAAGGAGUGAGGCUCAUCAAAGUAAGCUUCCGAUGCCUGCAGGGCAAAGAUACGGCCGGCAGUGGAAAUCUGCAGAGUGGUUUUUAUGUAAUGUUUUGGACAAUCGCCAAUGACUGUCCAGCAGAGAAUACACUCAACGUCUUGCAAUGCAUUGCACAGGGGAUAGAGUGAGCCACGCAGCUUGGGAAUCUGGUCUUAUCUGCCAAUAGCUCUUCCUUUCUUUCUUUUAAUCUGCAUUCUUGGCGUCUUUUGGGAUGGGUGUGCCUACGGGAAAAGGCACGUUGCUGCCCGUCUUCUGUGCUUUCCUCAUCCUCAUCCCAGGCGGCGUUGGUGGUGGGAAAAUCCUGGUGUUCCCCGAGGACGGCAGCCACUGGGUGAACAUGCAGGUGAUCCUCCGUGAGCUGCACGGCCGCGGCCACGCCCUGACGGUGGUGCGCUCGGUGCGCAGCUGGUACAUCAAAGAGAACCCGGCACUGUACACGUCCGUCAACGUGGACCCGCCGCCGUCCGAGGGCUUCAGCGCCGAGAUGUUCGAGGGGCUACUCCAGCGUUCGCUACAGGUGCAGCGAAUGUCGUACGUGCGCUACUUCCUGGAGCAGCAGAGCGACGUGGUGUACACUCUGCGGCUCAUCCACGGCAGCGUCCUCCAGAUCAUCUCCACUAUACUGGAAGACACCACGCUCACCGCCCUGCUGCACGAGGAACGCUUUGACCUGCUGCUGACCGAUCCCGCGUUCCCAGCCGGCGUGCUCCUGGCCAACUACCUGGACCUACCGCUGGUCUACAACGUGCGUUGGAUCAACACAGGCGAUGCGCAUAUGGCCAUUGCUCCGUCGCCACCCUCCUUUGUGCCCAUGUACAACUCCUUCCUGCCCGCGAACAUGACCCUGUGGCAACGGGUGCAGAACACUGUGCGCUACGUAACUAGCGUGCUGAACGAGCGCUACGUCUUCAUGCCCAUCUACGACGAGCUGAUCGCGCGCCACUUCCCGCCAGGCUCCAACCUGCUGUCCAUGCAGCGGCGGGCCGACAUCUGGCUCAUGCGGGUGGACUUUGUGUACGACUUCCCACGCCCGACCAUGCCCAACAUGGUCUAUAUCGGCGGCUUCCAGUGCAGGCCCCCUCAGCCACUUCCCGACGACCUGGAGGCGUUCGUGCAGAGCUCCGGCGAGCACGGCAUCAUCGUGAUGUCCCUGGGUGUUCUGAUCGCCACGCUGCCAAAGGACAUCACCGAGGCCAUUGCUGAGGCAUUCGCCCAGCUCCCUCAGAAGGUCCUGUGGCGCUACGUGGGCGAGCGCCCGUCAACUCUGGGCAACAACACCCUGCUGGUGGACUGGCUCCCCCAGAACGACCUCCUGGGUCACCCCAAGACGCAGGCCUUCGUGGCGCACGGCGGCAACAACGGCAUGUACGAGGCCAUCUACCACGGCGUGCCCGUUGUGGCGCUACCGCUCCUUUUCGACCAGUUCGACAACGUCCUUCGGCUUCAGGUGCGCGGCGGGGCACGUGUGGUCGGUACAGCCACCCUCACCACCGCCGUCUUCAAAGAGGCACUCCAGGACGUCAUGGAGAACCCGUCGUACCGCGAGGCCAUGCGUAGGCUCUCGCGCCUGCACAGGGAUCAGCUCGUCUCGCCACUCGACACCGCCACCUUCUGGAUCGAGUACGUCAUGCGGAACAAGGGCGCAGCCCACCUGCGGCCGGAGUCCUGGGACAUGCCCUGGUACGUCUAUCACAGCGUGGACGUGGCUCUGCUGCUCCUGGUCCUGGCCUGUAUGACUGUGGCAGUUCCUGUCGUUACCUGUAGGGCUCUGUGUCGGGUGGUUUUCAAGAAGAAGAGAAAAAUGGAGUAAAGUUUUUGUCGUUUUGUUUUAUUUUGUUUUGUUUUAAGAAGAGGGGCUAGGUAAAGUUUCUGUUUAGCUUUCUUUUGUUUUGUUUUGUUUUAAAAGGGGUUCGGUUUUUGCUUUGUUUUGUCUUUUUUAUUUAGGAAGAGGAAUAAAUUGUAUUUCUUUUAUUUGUUUUGUUUGAAAUAAAAAACUAUGUAAUGUGGAGUAAAAGCAAAUCUUAGUGCCUUCCAAGUAGGGGUGGGUUUAAAAAAUUAAUUCUGAUUCAAAAAUUAAUUUCAUUUAUGGAAGAGCAAUAAAACCCUAAAUCAAUAUUCUAUGCAUUUGCUACUUCCUAUUAAAAUAGUGAACAGUGAGUGAACAGCACUAUCUAUAUGCAUGACUGUUCGUCAACAACUGUGAUGUUACUCUGGUGGCAGUAACAUUCAUGUUCAGUGAGCAGGCUAAACACAGUGCAUAGAGAAUACGCUGUAAAAUGCACAAUUAUGAAUUGAAGCAUUAGAGUUCCUACCCCCAUGCAGCGUUUCACAUAGUCUUGUUUGCCACAAUUAUCUAAUCUUGCUGCUAACAUACCUUGCAAAGCCCACAAUUAUCUAAUGCUGCUGCUAACAUAGCUUGCGAUGCUACUGUUAGCCAAGUUAAUGUUUACUUUCCACGCCAGGCAAAUUAAGUGAACUAAAGAAAAAUUCUGGAACACAUCGAUUCAGGAAAUCAGUGGCGAUACCCAGCCCUAUUUCCGAGACGGGUUGUGUGAAACCCAAAAAGAAAGAGAGAAAGUAAGAGUAGUGGCCAAGACACAUGGCCUCUGUCACGUUUGCUGAACGGCUGCAUUGUGUUACUGCCACAGUUUUGUUUAUGUGUUCACACUAGGAACGUCUCUGAAACGGCGAUGCAGCAGAGCUGCUACUAGAUUUCUAGAGAUUUCAGGACAUGCACUAUGCCUGAGUGAAAAACGAUAGAUAAUUUAUAUAUAUACUGUAUAUGUUAUGUGCUGUAUGUGUUUAAUGCAAAAUCGAAUUAAUUAAUGUUUGUUUGAAGACACAAGUGGAGUGUGCUCCGCUUUUUAGGGUUUUAUUUUCUACAUAACUGGUUCAAAAAUGACACUGAAGUUGAGAAUGUUCUUUCCUCUGUAAGUUGACUGGAUUUCCAUGUAUUCCUCUGUGUGUGAUUAAAACUAAAUGAGCUUGCAUUGUUUCCUGUUUGUGUAUGGGUUGACUGAAACGUGUUCUGAAGUAAAAGGAUAAAAAUA